CCCAAUACCAACCAAUGGCUGGCUCGAUAAUUUUCAGAACCGAACCAUUUUUCUUGUUUGUGUGUCGCUGUCAUUCCUUUACCUUCAUCCACCAUGUCUGCCGCCCCGUCCAAGCUUCCUCUCCAUGACCUGCCCACCCCAGAACCAGAGUCCCCCUUCAGACCCAGAAGGCCCUACCGAUUCUCGACUCUCUGCGCGACAGUCGAGAACCCCAGCAACAAGGACCAAUUUGGGAGCAGUUCCGUGCCCAUAUACCAGACCGCGACAUUCAAGGGCGUUGGCGGCGAAUAUGACUACUCAAGGAGCGGGAAUCCUACACGAAGCCAUCUAGAGCACCAUAUCGCCAAAAUAUCCUCGGCUGCUCAUGCCUUUGCUGUUUCUUCUGGAAUGGCGGCCCUAGAUGUUAUAUUGCGUCUACUCAAGCCGGGCGACGAAAUCAUUGCCGGCGACGACCUCUAUGGAGGCACCAAUCGUUUGCUGACAUACAUCCGAACUCAUGUCGGCGUAACCGUGCAUCAUGUCGACACCACGAACCCAUCCACCCUCCUGGCCCUUAUAAAUGUUGAAAAACCGGCUAUGGUCCUUCUAGAAUCGCCAACCAAUCCGUUGUUGAAGAUUGCAGACUUGGCCAAGAUCAGCAAGGACAUUAAGGAAAGAGCACCCGACGCUAUAAUAGUCGUCGAUAACACCAUGAUGAGCCCAUACUUGCAACGGCCACUUGAGCACGGAGCAGAUGUUGUGUACGAUAGUGCAACCAAAUAUCUCAGUGGUCACCAUGAUCUCAUGGCCGGCGUCAUUACUUGCAAUAGAGACGACAUAGCCAAAGCGCGUAUCCAGCUACAAAUCGCAUUUACUAUCAACGCCGUUGGCAAUGCACUUACUCCAAUUGACUCUUUCCUUCUUCUCCGUGGCAUCAAGACGCUAGCCGUUCGGAUGGACCGUCAACAAUCAUCCGCAUCUCAAGUCGCGACGUAUCUCCAUUCCUUAGGUUUCGUAGUACACUAUCCUGGACUGGCCGACCACCCCGGUCGUGAGAUUCACCAAAGAAUUGCCGACGGAAAUGGCGCGGUUUUGAGCUUCGAAACCGGAGACAAAGGUUUAAGCGAGAAAAUCGUUGGCGGUACGCGACUUUGGGGAAUCAGUGUGAGUUUCGGAUGCGUUAACAGCUUGAUCAGUAUGCCUUGUGUGAUGUCCCACGCAUCUAUAGACCCGGCAACUCGCGCAGCCCGCGGACUUCCCGAAGACCUAAUUCGUCUGUGUGUCGGCAUUGAAGACCCAUCGGAUCUCUUAGACGAUCUGGAGCAUGCCCUCAUCGACGCUGGCGCCAUACAGCUGGAUAUCUCCCAAAACAAAUACGUCAAAGUCCGGCAGGUAGAAGACGAUGCUAUCAGUCGCGCCGUUGGAAAGCUUGGCCUCAAGGUCACCGACGGUGAUCAUGAGUGGUUUGUCAGUGCCCCCGGCAAAGUCAUCCUAUUUGGUGAACACGCCGUUGUUCACGGAGUGACCGCCAUCGCCGCGUCAGUGGAUCUCCGUUGCUACGGACUCACCACGCCCCGCCUCGAUGGAAAGAUUUCCGCCCAUUUUGCCGACAUUGACAACUUUUACUGCGAAUGGACAAUCGACGACCUCCCGUGGCAUGCUGUUAAACCCAUUGCGAUAGAUGAGGAGCAUCCCGAGAUUUUAGAUCAAGUUUUAGUCGAUGCACUAAAUACCGGUCCUUUGAAAGAUCUCACCGAAGCCCAGAGGCACGCCAGAGCCGCGAGCGUUGCGUUCCUGUACAUGUACCUCGUGCUGACGAGAGGUGACGUGAGGCCAUCCUUCAAUUUCACUGCACGCUCCACUCUGCCGAUUGGGGCAGGACUAGGCUCAUCAGCGUCGUUCUCUGCGUGUGCGGCCUCUGCCCUCUUGCUCCUUCAUAAACGUAUCAGCAUCCCCCCUCUUCCGGCUCCGACGACCUCAGAGCACAUUCACAUCUCGCAUCAAGGUCGACGGGCCAUUCCUCCAUCUGUAGCUGAAGAGAUCAACCGAUGGGCGUUUGUGGCUGAAAAAAUUCUGCAUGGCAACCCAAGUGGGGUGGAUAACAGUGUAGCUGUUUUCGGAGGUGCUCUAGCCUAUACCAGACCAGGAUUUGAAAGGAAGAGCGGAAUGGAAGGCAUCGCAGGAUUCAAAUCUUUUAAAUUCCUGCUGACGAAUUCAAAGGUGCCGAGGGAUACCAAGAAGCUGGUAGCUGGCGUUGGCCAAAAGAAGAUAGAUGAACCUGAAGUGGUUACAGGGCUCUUGAACUCCAUUCAAAACAUCAGUGACGAAGCCCGGCGUGCCCUUGCUGACCCUGAGAUGCCUCGCGAGGUACUUCUGUCUGCAAUUUCGGCUCUGAUACAUGAGAACCAUAAACACCUAGUUUCCCUCGGUGUGUCGCACCCUGCCUUGGAGUUGAUCAGAUCAAGAACAGGUGCCGCUCCCUACAGUUUGAGCACGAAACUGACAGGCGCUGGUGGAGGCGGUUGUGCCGUUACUCUUAUCCCUGAUGACUUUAAGGAAGAGACGCUUAAGGCGUUGCUUGAUGAGAUCGUUUCACAUCAGUUUGACCCGUACCUUACGUCCGUUGGUGGCAGCGGCCUGGGUAUUCUGUCACCCUACAGUGGGCAUCGGACAGCAGGGCGUGCUGUGUACCUUCCUCCGGGACAGGUAACUCCACCUGAGACGCCGUCCCCAGGAGGAGGCGGUGUAAAUUUGUGCCCUAUCUUCCAGACGAAGGGGGUCCCGGAGUUGUCGCAAUGGGCGGACAGCUUAGGCAGAUGGAUGUACGUGUAGGCGGGAGAAUUUAGAUUUGAUCUUUCUUUUCGAUUCCCUUUAAGAUAGCUAAUGUGUAGGAUAUAAAUUAUUCAGUCUACUUACUGACGAGUGCGUCAUGAUAUUUUCGGUUUACCGUGUCCAACAUAUCGUGCAAGUACGACGUUAUAGCGGCUCCUACACCUUCGAAAUGGAGGGGUCCUGCCUGAUAAGUAGCUAUCUAAUAAUGAUGGUC